CACCAGUGUGGUCGUGUACGACUUCACGACACAAGCGUCUUGAUGUUGUAAAGCUUCAGACACAGAAUAGUCCCCUUUGCCUGUAGUUGCUGUCUUCAGGAUGGAUGAAAAGAGGUUAGGGAAUGUGCCGGUCAUUGGUGGUCUGGUCACCAGGUUUUCCCUUGGUUUCCGUGAACUUGUCCUCAUAGGUAUACUGAUAGUGACGGGACUGAUGUUUGUGAUAUUCGCUGGGAUGUAUGGCACCACAAAGAAAAGCGAGGAAAGGGCCCAGGUGCAGGCUCUCAAAGGUGAUCAAAUGGACAAAACUUGUUUCAGUAAAUUAUGUCUGGAGAGCACAGCCUACACGCUGUCGAGCAUGAACAUCAGCGCUAAACCUUGUGACGACUUCUACAACUACGCCUGCGGCAACUACAAGAUGUUCCACCCUCUCGACGCCGACUACCCCUCACACACCUUCUUGUCAGACAUGUUGGAAAAAAAUGAAGACAAAUUGAAAACUUUAUUGGAAAAGUCAGUGAAGCGGAACACGGACUGGGCAUCUGAGAGGAAGUUGAAGCAUCUGUUUCAGUCCUGCAUGGAUGACUUCAGCUUAGAGAGGCUGAAGGGGAGGCCGUUCAUAACACAGGUUCUGAGCCAACUGGGGGGAUGGAGCGUCCUCGGCACGUGGUUUGCUUCCAACUGGAACCUGAACGAGAUGCUGAAGAAGGUCCAGACUGACUUCUGGGUGGAUGCUAUGUACGCCCCGAGGGUAGCAGUGGACUACACCAACCCAACCCAGACAUCCAUUGAGAUCUACCCGGCGGGAACCAGUCGCCACAUGUACUGGUACUACUACGUCAGCUCUUAUGCAACACAGAUCCAGAAUGACUACAAGAAGUUCAUUGGACGUGUUGCCAACCUGAUGGUGAGAGACUCCAACAUCGUGCUUGACGCGACCACCCAGAGGGACAGAGUGGCAGAGUUUGUCAAUGACGCCUUUACAAUGGAGACCAACAUCGCCCGGUUGGCGAUUAAUUCCCCGUGGAAAAGCUACUCGUACGCUUUCUCAAACCGGAUGACCCUGAACGAGCUGACCCAAGCAGCCGGAGGACAGAUAGACUACCUCCAACAGUCUGCCUAUCUCUUUAGCUCAGCAGGAAUAACUGGACAUAAAGAAACGUUGGUUUACAGCCUCGACUAUUUAAAGGGGCUUGAUAACAUGAUAAAGAACCUCCCUUCCGGAAAUCAAGCAAGAAUGGUCCACAACUACCUCAUCUGGCGGGUGAUGGAGGCGUACGUGACGGACCUGUCGGUGGACUACGUGCACGCUAACAGAGAGGUGUUAUUCGACACAACCGGAACAACGGAGUUCCCGGCCAGAUGGACGUACUGCUUCUCCUAUGUGAAGCAAGUGAUGCCGGAAGCCCUGGGCCAGCUUUACAUCGCUGACCACUUUGUUGACAAGAAUAAAGCUAAGGUGACAGAAAUUACUGAAACGACGAAGCAAGCACUGGCCGACCUUCUGAAAAAGACGCCAUGGAUGGACGCAGCCACAAGAGCAAAGGCCGAGGCCAAGAUAAACAGUGCCAGCUAUAAAAUCGGUUAUUCGGAUCUGCUCAAAAGCACCGACAAGAUUGAUGUGAUGUACCAGCCAAUAAACAUCAACGUCUCGGACUUCUUCGGGAACAUCCUGAGCAUGAACAACUUCCACAAGCUGGCCUGGAACAAGGAGCUGGUUAACGGCGAGGACAGGGACCAGUGGUACUUCAGCACCUUCGACACCAACAUGGCCGUCCUUUGGUACUGGAACGAAGUGAUCGUCCCCGCCGGGCUGCUGCAGUUCCCCAUCUACGACUACCAUCUCCCUCACUACUUCACAUUCGGAUCGUUCGGCACGAUUCUCGGACACUUCGUCGUCCACCUCGUCGACGAGUACGGGAAGAAUUGGGAUUCAACUGGCACUUAUCUGGGAUCUCAGUUCUCGUGGUGGAGUAACGCUACUUUGACGUCAUACGGUGACGUCAAGAGCUGCAUGAUCGACGCCUACAACACGACCCAGGGGCCUUUCAUUCAACCAGAUGGCAAGCAGGUGUAUUUUCCCAUACACUCCGCGAGGACAGCCACUGAUAACAUAGCACAGGUUACGGGUGUACGACUUGCCUAUAACGCCUAUCAAAAGUGGGAGGCGACACAUGGCGUGGAGAAGUUAGCUCCCUCGGGUCAAGGUUUUACCAACGAACAGCUCUUCUUCAUUUCAUAUGCUCAGACAUACUGUUUUAACCGCGACAGUUCGCUUGCUUACCGCCAGGCCCGGUACACCAGCAGGAUCAGAGAGGAUUACAAAGUGAACCUGGCUGUCAGUCAACUUGACGAGUUUAACAAAGCCUUCAAGUGUUCCGCCACCUCCAGGCUGAACCCUUCUAACAAGUGCGGCCUAUACUGAUUGACCUCCCGUGGAUACAGCUGGCAGGAUGACCACGACCCAGCAAGGGGAUUCACUGGGAACAAUUAGCAACAGGAAACACGGGGCAAAUGACACGUGAAGAAGUGUUAUAAGUUGGUACUCGCCAAGAACAGGACAUCUAUAUCUCAUGGAACUGUAUAUCGUCUCCCUCUCUUACAUACAGAUGUACAGAUCAUGUCGUGUCUUGUUGAGAGACAGUGAGAGCGUUAACCAAGUUAAACACAAUGUAUGUGCAGAUCAUUUCUAUCUUCAACACGAUGUUUAUUUACAUAUGUUUAUAUCUUUGUCAAUAAAUAUUUAAUCCAACCAUCA